GACAAUCUAGUCUUCCUAAAAAUUAAAAAAAACGUCAAACUUUAUCAAAAUUAUCAAAAUUCCUUUUCUACAACCAUGGCCACCAUGGAAGCCGUCCAAUUCUCCUUUACAGAAAGAAACCUCGCAUUAAACAAAGUCCCUAUCCCCGAGGUCAGAAAUCCCCUAGAUGUCCUUAUCAAAGUGGCUUAUGCCGGGAUCUGCGGCACCGACUUGCACAUUCUAGCUGGCGAAUACCCCUGCAGACAAAUGGGGGCUAUAACCCUGGGCCAUGAAAUAAGUGGCACCGUUGUGGAAGUUGGUUCAGAUGUGGUCCAUUUCCGCAAAGAGGACAAAGUUGCAAUUGACCCCAACAGCGGUUGCAAACGUUGUACCUUUUGCCACGCGGGGAAACCCCAUUUUUGCAAAUUAGGCUGCGGCACUAACACCAUAGGGAUAUUCAAAGAUGGGGGGUGGGCACAAUAUGUGCUCUGCCCCGAGGAACAGGUGCACAAGUUGCCCCAGAACCUAACCCUCGAACAAGCGGUUUUGGCGGAGCCCCUGUCGUGCAUCGCCCAUGGCUGGGACAUCACUAGCCCCCUCAUUGUCGGCGAAAAAAUCCUCCUUUUGGGGGCCGGCAUCACUGGGGCUUUGUGGGCCUGCGUUUUGCACCUCCAAGGUCACAGGACUGUCGUCGUUUCGGAACCUAACACCACAAGGCUCGAAAUGAUGCGCAAAUUAAAUACCAACUACAAGAUGGUGACACCCGAACAGUUGAAGAAAAAUGCGCAAAAGGACCCAGAAUGGUACAGUUUUGACGUGGUGAUUGAUUGUAGUGGGGAUGUGGGGGCUAUAGAGCAGGGAUUUUCGCUUAUGAACUCGGGGGGCAAGUUGGUGGUGUAUGGGGUGGCGCCGCCCGCGAAUAAAAUAAGCAUAUCUCCCUACGACAUAUUCCGUAAAGAAAUCACAAUCGUGGGGGUUCGAACAAACCCCUACACCUUUAAAAAGGCCUUGGAUUUAAUCGCAUCCCUUGGCAGCAGAUAUUUGAGUCACACUGCGCUUGGAGUCAAACCUUUCCUCCUCAGUGAGUAUCAAGAAGCGAUUGAUACGUUGAAAAAAGGCACAAUAAUGAAAGCGGUUUUCCGGAUGUGAUUUACGAUGGCCAUGGUUGUAGAAAAAAUAACGAAUAAACUUUUAUUGCACAAAAUCAAA